AUGUCGUACUACCCCCCGUCGACCGUUAUUCCCAUCUACUCCGUGUUCAUGGGCGUCGCCGUCGCAUUGACGGCUCUCCGACUAUGGGUGCGACUCUCCUUUGCGCGCGUUGCCUUGGGACCCGAUGAUUACCUGCUGCUCUUCGGCCUCGCAGUCGCGAUAACGUGCAACGGCAUUCAAUAUUAUAAUUCGCUGAAAGGAACUGGCGGCGAGGCCAUUAAGGACCCGAACGAGAGGACCCAGAUGGUCAUCAUCGCACAUCAAAUCGACUGGGCUAUGAUCGUCAUUGAAAAGGCAGGGUUCGGUGCUGUCAAGCUCUCGAUCCUAUUCUUCUACCGUCGCAUCUUCGGCGUAUGGCAGAGCUUCCGCCGAGUUAACAACGCAUUGAUAUGGAUCGUAUUCAUCUGGGCCGUCGUGUUCACGAUCGCCGACGUGCUGAUUUGUGGUUCCCAUCCCGAGCUCAUAUGGGGCUUCGAUCAGACGAUUGCAUUGCACCGAUGCGGAAACCGAGGCGCGCUGUUACUGGCUUUCUCAGUCACCAGUGUCGCGACGGAUUUGCCAUUAUUGGGACUGCCGUUUUUCUAUAUUAGCCGGUUACAGAUGGCGUCGAACAAGAAGUGGGCUACGAGUUUCGUUUUCUUCCUCGGCAGUGUAUCCACAGGAGCCAGCGUCCUUCGUCUAAUCUUCCUAAUCGUCUCCUAUCCAGUCGGACGUCUCAACUUUGCGUACACACCACCACCAGAUAACCAGACACCCCUCGUUCUCAAGGUAUUCAACCCAACAUUUUGGGCGGUAACGGAGCUCUGGCUCGGCGUAUGGGCCGCUAAUCUCCCUCCCUGCUCGCCUCUCCUACGCGCCAUGGAUUUCCAUCCAUACCAGCGGCUAAGCAACGUGUAUCGACGGAUCUGGUCACGGGGGUCGUCCACGGAUGCCUCAAGGGAAGUUAAGACGCCAUUCUCAGGUGAGACGUUUGGUUCUAGCGGCAAAAAGAAACCCAUCGAUGAUCUCUCGACUCAGGACUCGAUGCCAUUGGUGCCCGUAUCAGGACAGAGGACUCGUGGGAUGAGCGUGACGUCGGAAUAUCCGCCUUCGCUGGCCCCGAUAGAUGUCACUGGCACCGGCCACCUUUCAGUGCUGAUACCCUCUUCAGAGCCUCCGUCUUUACCCCGGUGA